CUAAGUCAAGUGGGAACUUUUUACACGGAACGGAACUUUAUUCACGGAGUGGUUUCAGUGCUGCACAAUAAUGGCAUCUGUGGAAAAGGCACAUGUGGAGAACUCAGCAGGGAUAUUAGAAGAGGACUUUGAGCCCCAGGAGGACCACAGCGCUGAGAGUGAUGAUUCUGACAGAGGGAGCGAUGGAGAGGGGUCAGAGGAUGGCGGAAACGAUGGAGAGGGAUCAGAGGUUGAAGGAAGUGAAGAGGAUGGAGAGAGUGAAGGGGAACAGGCUGCAGAUGGAGGGAGCGAAGGAGAGAAAGAAGAGGGUGAAGGCAACAGGGAAGUAGAUGAUGUAGACACCAACCCCAAUGCUGGAUGGGCGGAGGCCAUGGCCAAGAUUCUGCAGAAGAAGACACCGGAGAGCAAACCCAGCAUCCUGCUGAAGAACAAACAGCUGGACAAGAUGAAGGAGAAGCAGAAGAAGGAGAAUCUGGAGAGGAAGAAACAGAUUGAUAAAAAGCGAGCAUGGGAGAUGAUGUGUCGAGAGAAACCAGACUUUGUAAAAGACCGAGAGAAUGAGAGGAAUCUGCAGAGAGUUGCUACCAGGGGAGUAGUACAGCUGUUCAACGCUGUGAGGAAGCACCAGAAAACGGUGGAUGAGAAGGUGAAGGAGGCGGGUGGCUCGGAGAGGAAGAAGGCCAAGCUCCUCUCCUCUGUCUCCAAGAAAGACUUCAUCAACGUACUGCGGGGCACAGAGGGGGGCAGCGAGGUCGUCACCAAGACAGAGAGACAGACGACUGGCAGGGAGGCAGAAGAGAAGCCAGCUUGGAGCGUGCUGAGAGACGACUUCAUGAUGGGAGCCUCCAUGAAGGACUGGGACAAGGAGAGCGACGAGGAGGGGGGCGAGGAGGAGGCACCAGGGGGUGCAGAGGACUACAACAGCGAGUCGGACUGAGCAGACAGGCCCAUCUGUGUAAGUAUGUGUAUGACUGAGCACACCCAGGAGUGUGUGUACACUAGACCGUGCCUUUGAGUCCACUGUGAGGAAUGGAGCUGAAGGGUCCUGCAUCGCUGAGAUCAGCUCAACCCAGCCUCCCUCGCCUCUUCCCACAGAGGCAGCCCUACCAGGCCCAAAGACCCCUCUUUUGAAUUUUCUAUAUGGAACCAGGAGCUGAAGAAAGACUGGGGUCAAGGUCCUGUUCUGGCGCACAAUUAUUUGCUGCAGGAUCCCUAGUUUGUUUAAUGCUGGUGCUCUCUGGCUUGUAAAUGUCCAACUGAACAUUUUUCUGUCUGAACUCUGUUGUGUAUAUAGACCUUUUUUCAUAACAGUUGCAUGUCCCUCAAUAAAAAGCCAGUUGAUAAACAUUUCCUUUUUCAGUUUUGUGAUUAGUUGUUUUUAGGUGAACUAAGGGCGAAUGUAGCCUUUCACUGAAUACUAAUCUAGUUAUAGUACUAGUUAUAGCACUAGUUUAACUAAAGACUGUCAAUGUGUUUAUACCAUGUGUACAAAACAUGCACACCUGCUAUUUCCAUGACAGACUGACCAGGUGAAUCCAGGUGAAAGCUAUGAUCCCUUAUUGAUGUCACUUGUUAAUUCCACUUCAAUCAGUAGAUGAAGAGGAGGAGACAGGUUAAAGAAGGAUUUUUAAGCCUUGAGACAUGGACUGUGUAUGUGUGCCAUUCAAGGGGUGAAUGGGCAAGACACAAAAGAUUUAAGAACUGAAACUGGGUUUUUCCCGCUCAACAGUUUCCUGUGUGUAUCAAGAAUGGUCCACCGCCCAAAGGACAUCCAACCAACUUGACACAACUGUGGGAAGCAUUGGAGUCAACAUGGGCCAGCAUCCCUGUGGAACGCUUUUGGCACCUUGUGGAGGCUGUUCUGAGGUCAAAAGAGAGAUUGGUGCAACUCAAUAUUAGGAAGUUGUACUUAAUCUUUUGUACAGUGUAUCUAGUUUAUUUCAAUUAUAUAUACUGUAUAUAUUUUGUAUGUGUUAUGGUUGUAGUUAUCAUAUGACAAACAAAAUACAUGGUAGACAUGCUCCCUGUCUGUCAGAGAAUGUGAGAUGAUACCCCUCAGAGGAAAUAUGUGUGUGCCAGAGAGCACGGAACAGCUGGUGACAUAGAGAUGCUGUCCCCACUACAUAAACUUGUAAUGUAAAUGUAAAAUGUAAUAAACUUCUCGUUUUGUGACGCUCA